AUGAGGGGAUGCCUCACCUGUCGUCUGCGCCAUCUGAAAUGUGACAAAUCAGGAACAAGAUGUCUGCGUUGCCAGCGAUCUGGUCGCGAUUGCGUACCCGCCCCGGGCAAAUCUGAGGAAGUUUCCUUUCGGCAUGGCCAGAACCCAUCCCUAAGGGGAAAGGGGCCCCCGAGGUAUGGGGAGAGUGACCUGACUUUCCCUGAGGACCAGGUCUGGGUUGAAACAUCCUCAGAAUUCUCAUUCAAAGAUGAAACCGACCAGACUGCGUCCGAGUAUCAUGUCGUACCGGCGACGAGCAAUAAAUCGCUCUCCAGGUCACCGUCUGAAGCUCGCUCGACCUGCUCGUCCACUAUGGAACCUUCUCUACCCGGCUCAAGCACCAAACUCCCACUUUACAUCGCAGACUCUCAAGCCGGGACUCGGUCCAACUCGGCAAACUCACCCCGUCCAUCUAGCACGACUCCCGGCCAGCCUCGCCUAGCAAGUGUAACUGAAGCUUAUCUCCUCCGACAUUUCCAAAUCCACCUAGCACCAUGGCUUGACGCGGGAGAUCCCGAACGACACUUCUGCGCGGAUGUAGCCGGACGAGCCAGUUCAUCCUCACUGUUGCUAUACGCUUGCCUAGCUGUAGCAGCAUGCCAUCUAUCCAGAACCACAAACACCAUCUCUCCAGACGUCGCAGAUAGCUAUCAUGAGCGCUGCGUCUCAAUCAUGCUCCCGGUGCUCGACAGGCCCGAAUUCGAGAUCGGCAUCGACAUCCUCCUAAGCUCAACCGUCAUCCUCCGCUUCUUCGAACAGAUCUCCUCCCACACCCCCUCAAACGACCCACAACGCCAUCUCCUCGCCGGCUCCGUAUACAUCAGUUCGCAUGUGGACUGUGCGAUAUCCAGCGGUCUCGCAUCAGCAUCGUUCUGGGUCUUUGUCAUCCAAGACAUUCAAUUUGCCCUUACGUACCAGAAAUGUCUUCGGCUAACCUUCGCGCCGUUUGACGACCGGCUCCGCCACUGGUGGGUCGCCAAGCCGUGCACCGAGCGCGACUGGGUAAAUCGCGCCAUCUGGCUUCUCGCUGAGACUGUGGAGUCCUGUUAUAAUGUUUCUGGUCGGUAUGGGGCGGAUCUCGGUGCAAGGGAGAAUGCACUGAAGCAGAGGAUUCUGGAAUGGGAGACGACGAGGCCUGAGACGUUUACGCCGUUGCAUGUUUCGCCGCCGGAGCCCAGGAGAGGGAAACCUUUUCCUGUUGUUUGGUAUACUAGUUUAUGGCAUUCUACGGCUAUGCAGCACGUUUGCCUUGCGAAGGCGUUACUGUUGAUUCGCGAGUUCGAAGGAUAUGAUCGGAGGAUGAUGACCGCGGAGCAUCAUAUGAACAUCAAGGAGCAGAUUACGGAUAACCUGAAUUACCUAUGGGGCAUUGCACUUUCGGCAGAUGAUGAGCCAUCUUUACGGAUUAUGGCUUGUCAUGCAUUAUGUGCUUGCAGCUCAUGGAUAGAUGAUCCCCAGGCGCAAAACUUACUUUUCGACCUCCUCCGCCGCACAGAAAGGGAUAAUGGAUGGCCGUGGGCUUAUGUGGAGCGACGGAUUUUGCAAACGUGGCAGCGAAGUCCCGGAUGA